CCAAGAAUAAUAACAUUCACACGUUUUAGAAAUGAAGGAUAAGAAACAUAAAAGGAAAAAACAAGAAAAUGAAUUUGAGGAAUUUUUUGGUAAAUCAAACAAAGUUGAUUCUGUUGACAAGGAGUUGCAAAAUGGUACAAAAAAAUUAAAAAAGAAACAAAAGAGAGAUAGGGAGGAAUUUGGUGACAAACUUAAUGGUGAAGCAGCAUCAAGCUUGGAGAAUGAGCUCAGAAUAAAAAAGAAGAAGAAAAAAAGGAAGCGAAAUGAUAGUGAAGGGUGUGUUAACAGUGCUGAAGAUGUGUCGAUUAUUGUGUCUGAAGCUGAUCACACGGUGAAAAAGAAAAAGAAGAAGAAACGUGAUUCUGAAAUUACUCCCAUCGAAACUGAAGACAUUUGUGAAAGAGAAGAUCUUGAAACUAAGAAAAAGCCCAAGAAAAAGAAAAGACACAAGUCAAUAAGUCCACCAAGUGAUGCUGAAGAUCAUUUUGAAGAAGCACAGAAAGCUAAUAAGAAAAAGAAACAUAAGAAGAAGAAAGAUGAAGAAAUUGUGAAUGGUGUCCAGAAUGAAAUUGAUAUUCAAAUUGGUGAAGGAAAUCAGACUGAAAAAAUAAAACCAAAAGAGAAGAAAAGAAAAAAAUCAAAAGACAAGGAUAUUUCGAACUGCAGCAAUGAUAAUAAUAUGUCUUCUAAUGAUAAUCCAUUGGAAAAUAGCACAACUUUAGGACAGUGGUCUACAGCUUCAUUCGAAGAUAAGAAUAGAACAGAAAAGUUCCACCGUUUGUUAGGUGGAAUGAAAAAAGAUGUGACAAAGCCAAAGGGAAAAUUAUUUGGAGGACUUAUCGAUCGAUCUGGAGGUAAUAAUGCUUUAAAUAAGGAAGGACAAGAAAAGUUAAAUAAAAAUCUGCAGGCUCAGUAUGAUAGCGCUCUCUCUAUGAGACUAGGUUCAGUGAAAGGAAUUGGUUUUGGUUUCACACCUCCUCCUGGUGAAGGCAAAAAAUUUCAUAUUGACACUGGAAAAUCUUCCUCAAUGAAAUUCAAUGAUUAAAAUUAGGAAAUAAGAAAAAUAAAUAUUAUCAUUCUGAAUCUUUUU